CUUCUAUCUGUUCCGCUCUUGGGGUCGCGUCGGAACAGCUAUUGGUGGCACGAGGACGGAGUUGUUCCGUAGCGAAGGAAGUGCCACAGAGGCGUUCGAAAGACUUUUCCUGGAGAAGUCGGGUAAUAAUUGGAAACAGAAGCACAAUUUCAAAAAGCUGCCAGGUUGCAUGGAUUUGGUGGAAACCGACUUCAGCGAAAU